AUGCCACCUGCCAAUAUGAAUAAAGUGUUUGUCAUCGGAGUCGGUAUGACAAAGUUUGACAAGCCUGGAGCCAGAGAUGAUUAUGACUAUCCUGACAUGGCCAAAGAAGCUGGUCAAAAGGCAUUAGCUGAUGCAAAGAUCCCAUAUUCUGCUAUUGAGCAAGCAUGUGUUGGAUAUGUUUAUGGAGACUCCACAUGUGGACAAAGGGCGCUUUACCACAGUCUUGGUUUAACCGGGAUCCCCAUCCUCAACGUGAACAAUAACUGCUCCACCGGCUCCACUGCUCUGUUCAUGGCUCGCCAGCUCGUUCAGGGAGGACUGGCAGACUGUGUGCUUGCUCUUGGAUUUGAGAAAAUGGAGAGGGGUUCCCUUUCUGCAAAGUUCAUGGACAGGACAAAUCCGAUGGACAAACACAUGGAGGUUAUGAUUAAUCGCUAUGGCAUGGCAGCAGCUCCAGCAGCACCUCAGAUGUUUGGCAACGCUGGAAGGGAGCACAUGGAAAAAUAUGGGACAAAACCGGAGCACUUUGCCAAAAUAGCCUGGAAGAAUCACAAGCAUUCUACCAACAACCCGUAUUCUCAGUUCCAGGCUGAGUAUAGUUUGGAUCAAGUCAAAGGUUCCAGACAGGUCUUUGAAUACCUCACUCUGCUGCAGUGUUGUCCCACCUCAGAUGGUGCGGCGGCUGCAGUUUUAGCGAGUGAGGAUUUUGUCCGCAAACACCAUCUGGAAAUGCAAUCUGUUGAGAUCUUGGCCCAGGAGAUGGUGACAGAUCUGUCGUCCACGUUUGAUGAAAACAGCUGCAUUAAAAUGGUAGGAUAUGACAUGUCAAACAUAGCUGCUAAAAAGUGUUACAAUUCCUCUGGGCUGACUGCUAAUGAUGUCGAUGUGGUAGAACUACAUGACUGCUUCUCAGCCAAUGAGCUUAUUACAUAUGAGGCUUUGGGCCUGUGUCCAGAAGGCAAAGCUGGAGAGUUUAUUGACAGAGGUGCCACAGGCCUAGCCCAGUGUGCGGAGCUCUGCUGGCAGCUCAGAGGGGAGGCUGGUAAGCGGCAGGUGAAAGGAGCAAAAGUAGGCUUGCAACACAACAUCGGGUUAGGAGGAGCAGCGGUGGUCACACUCUACAGGCUGGGAUUUGCGGAUGAUGCCAGAAGUAUGGUUUCUGCCAUUGCUACGAGUGCAAGCAACAAUCUGGAAGGUUUUAAAUCUUUUUCCGUCUUCAAAGAAAUUGAGAAUCACCUCCAAAAGGAGGGAGCUCAGCUGGUGAAAAAGGUGGGUGGAGUUUUUGCCUUCAAAGUAAAGGAUGGGCCAGAGGGGAAAGAGGCGACUUGGAUCGUGGACGUGAAAAAUGGAAGUGGAUCUGUUUGCAAUGAUCCAGCCAUCAAGGCUGACUGUACUCUGGCUGCCAGUGAUGCAGACCUGUUGGAGCUGAUGACCGGACAAUUGAACCCACAAAUGGCGUUUUUCAAAGGAAAACUGAAGAUCACAGGUAACAUGGGCAUGGCCAUGAAACUACAAAACCUACAGAUCGCACCAGGGAAAGCAAAGCUGUGA